UACGUGUGCGUGCCCCCCCCCCCCACUCCAUAGCCCGGAUGAGGAGUAUCGCCAUUACCGCCGAAGCCGCCGUGAGAGCCUGUGGAGGCUAAAAAGCCCGCUGGCCGCACCAUGAGAUUCCUCUCCCGGUUGAUCUUGAUAGUGCUGCUCGUCUUCCCCACCGCACUACUGCUUGGGGGCGGCCCCGGAGGGUCAAUAGCUGUGGCCCAAGAUGCUACAGAGGAUGAAGAAGCACUAGAAGAUACAAUAAUUGAAGAUGAAGAUGAUGAAGCAGAAAUAGAAGAAGAUGAACCCACAGAUUUGGCAGAAGAAAAAGAAGAAGAUCUCUCUGGUGAACCUGAAGCCUCACCAAGUGCAGACACAACUAUCUUAUUUGUAAAAGGAGAAGAUUUCCCAGCAAAUAACAUUGUGAAGUUCCUGGUAGGCUUUACAAACAAGGGUACAGAAGACUUUAUUGUUGAAUCGCUAGAUGCCUCAUUCCGCUAUCCUCAGGAUUACCAGUUUUAUAUCCAGAAUUUCACAGCUCUUCCUCUGAACACCGUAGUGCCACCCCAGAGGCAGGCAACAUUUGAGUACUCUUUCAUCCCUGCAGAACCCAUGGGUGGGCGUCCAUUUGGUCUAGUCAUCAAUCUGAACUACAAAGAUUUAAACGGCAACGUGUUCCAAGAUGCUGUCUUCAAUCAAACAGUUACAAUUAUUGAAAGAGAAGAUGGGUUGGAUGGAGAAACGAUCUUUAUGUAUAUGUUCCUUGCUGGACUUGGGCUACUAGUCGUUGUUGGGCUCCAUCAGCUUCUAGAGUCUAGAAAGAGAAAAAGACCAGCCCAGAAAGUAGAAAUGGGUACAUCAAACCAAAAUGAUGUUGAUAUGAGUUGGAUUCCCCAAGAGACUUUGAAUCAAAUCAAUAAGGCUUCUCCAAGGAGGUUGCCCCGGAAACGGGCACAGAAGAGAUCAGUGGGAUCUGAUGAGUAAAUGUUCAUUUGUGCAACAAUUCAGUCUUUACUAAACCUGCCCUAACAUAUUUUGGCCUGAUGGGAAUUAGUGCAGAGAAGCCAUAUCAACAUAUGAGGAAACUACUACUUCUGUUUGGACUGAGUAAUCAGAGCUGUGGCGAUAAUAUUGCUGAAAAUGCACUGCAUAUGUUUUUUCUAAAGUAACAAAUUUGGGUUUUUUAAACCAUUAAAAACUGUGUGUGUGCGUGUGUGUGUGUGUGUAAGCAGUUGGUCUUACCAGAAUCAUUGUUGUACUACCUGAAAUGUGCCUUUAGAGUGCUAAAUGUAAUGCUGGCAUGUCUGUAUCCCACUGAAAAUUUGUGGUGUUUUUUUUUUCUUUUCCAGAAAACAUGAUGAAUAAUUGCCUAAUCUUAUUGUAUAAGGAGUUUCUCAUUUUUACUAUCAUGCCUUGAACUGUACAGCAGAAAAAUAAUUUAGCUACUCUGUUCCUCGGAAUAGCUACUAAUUCAGCAGUGAUGGCACAGAUUCUCUGGGGUUUUUUUUUAUAUCUGCAACUAGUAUUCUAAAGGCACAAGCAGGAGUAGCUGCUUUUAGCAAUAUAGUAUUUUGUUUUGGUAUUUUGCUGCUGUUUACUACAAUACGCACAUUGGGAGAACUUCCUUAUACUGAUCAAAGAACCCAGAUGAAUUUAUAUCAGUCUGAGAUCUAGCAGCAAAAUUGUGAAGCAUGAGACUAUGUGCUGAACUUGAUACAUAAAUUCCAACCCUCCAUACCCUUCCUCAUUUUUUAACAAAAAGAAAAUAGCACACUUGUGUGAGCUGAAUUAUUGUGUUGUGUGUCAUUGUUCUGUUGUGUCUGAUCCAAAAGGUGGCUUUGGAAUGAUUUUAAAUCUGUUCAAUAUUUAUGAAUCAGUGAUUUUCCUCCCUUCCCCUUAAUGGAAACUACCAUGGCUAAAAAUUUCCUUAUUCUACGAUUUUGAAUAGAAGUGAACCUCCAGGCUCUAUGUAAAGUGGGGACUCCAACUGUAGGGCACAGAUUAAAAAGUGUGUUCCAAAUUUUAAUUUCUGCAGAAUCAUAAAACAGAGCUGAAAAAGACCUUCUACGGCAUCUAGGCCAUCCUUCUCAUUUUAUAGAUGAGAAAACUGAGGCCCAGACAAAGUAAUUAAUCUGUAUGAAUACCAAUGAAUAAGUUGAAUUAUAUAUAUAUAUACACAUAUAUAUUCAUGUUAUAUAUUCCAUAGGUAGACAUAGUUCAGUGGUUGAUUUAUUUUUUCCCUUAAUUGUUGGUUAAUUUUUCCCUAACCUUGUAAGUAGUUUUUGUGAGUAUUUUUGAAGUUUGCAUGUGAUUUUCUUUUUUAGUAAAUCUGUUUUAGAUAGUAGAAAUUGAAAUAUUUAAGAAUUGAACUUCCUAAAAUUUUCUUUGAACUUUUCCUACAUCAUUCAGCUCUUUUCCCCCUUGUUUUGCUGUAGUCUUCUAUACCUAUCAGGCAUCAUAGGUUUUGUAUGUUUAAGAGUCUUGGUUUGAAGAUAAUUGAUAUUUAGAAAGUUGUCAUUAAGACCUGAAAUGAAAUUGAUAUUUUUGUUAGACUCGAGUAAAGGAAAAACUUUUAAAAGGCUUUUUUCCAUGCCAUGAAGCCAUUUUCUCCUACAUGUCUUUGAAAAAUGGAAGGUGAGGUUUUAGCAGCUAAAGUUUACUUUAGCUUUUUGCCUUUACCUUUCUUUCUUUUCCCCCCCCUACCUCUUUUGAAAUCUGCAUUUAACCUGCCAAGAAUGAACAUCUGAGCCAAUGACAUUUGAAUAAUACCUAUAGCAGGUUAAAGCAGGGACUAAUGUUACUAAAUACCUGUUUUGGUGGUAUUGUACUAUAAACAUCCCAUUCCUAAAAUUCAGUGUUUGGGCUGUUAUCUUGGUGUGGAAGACCAAUAGUUUAUUUUAAAACUAUGAUACUAUAAAAAAAAAUAGACAUAGCUUGGUUUUUGACAAGCAAUAUCAGUGAGUACUUAGCAGGAACUAACUGUACAAUAAAUGGAAUUAAAUUCCACACAUGGUAUAUUCAAGCACACUUAAUAACAAGUAGCCUAUUUUUAAAAUAACUUUUAAAAAUGUAAAUAUCUGGAUGGGUUUUGUUUUUGGUGUAUCUACUUAAUUUGCAGACCAUGGUUUGAGACCCAAGCGUUGAAUGUUGGGUUUUAUGAUUAAUGAUAGCUUUUGAAAAUCUUGGGUUCACGUGUCUAUAAAAUGGGAUUAAGAAGUUGCCCAUUUCCUAUCCCCUAGGGAUGUGAGGAUUAAUGUGUCUGUAAAGCACAGAUUCUCCUUGGCAUAUUUAAGUUUGUCAUGUUAUAUAUAUUCUUAUACAAUAAGUGAUAUUCUAAGGCAUUUGACUACAAUGUGUUGUCCAAGGGAGAGAAAGAAAGUAGGUUUUCAGAGAACUGAAGCCUCAAGAAGAAUAAGGAGUGGAAAUAAAAGCCACUAUAGCAGAAAGAAUAAGAGACUUAGCUUGAGUGAGAGUUAAAUUCAGAAGUUAGAAAUUUCAAAUUUCAAAAUUAUUGGCUUUGAGACAUGAAGGGGAAGCAUAUUUCAACAUUGAGGGGAAAACAUUUGGGAACCAUGCCUAAAAAUAUUUCAGAUGUUAAAUGGGAAAGUCUUUGUAAUGAUCUUAUAUACAAUGACUUUACUGGCACAAAGAGGAUUUACACUUACCCUUAUUGCCAGAUUUAAAAAGUAGACCUCACGUGUUCACAAAUAGGUAAUGUGUAACUCCCCCGAGCACCUAACAAGUGCCUUGCACAUAGUAGAUAUUUAGUGUUUAACUGAAUUACAAUAGCCAUCAUCAACACCACAUUUGAUACUGCAUCUUCUUACUUCUACACAUGUUGAGAGAACUAAAUUGAUUUCUGUUUUUAAAAUAGUUUGAAAUAAGACAUCCUUCCCUGAAAUCUCCCUCAAAGAUAAAUUCUGCAGGUAGUGUCAGUAUACAUAAAAAUACACAUAAUUUUAUAGAUUAAUACAUUUCAUGUAACACAUUUUUUAUUCAGCUUAUUUAGUUCUAGAAUAAGAUGUUUGCUAAAUUUUAACACCUCUGCAGUUCUACUUAAGGUGUUCCCCCUAUUUGGGUAGAUGAGAGAUGAGCUCCUAUAGCGAAAUUAACUGCUUGGUACAGGUUUGGCCUAGGGGUAUUAAAACAACAACAAAAACCUUGCCAUCAGCAUGAAUUAAAAGCUUAGCUUUUAUUUGCUAGAUUGACUCCCCUAUCAGAUUUGUGGUAUCAGAUUUUUAAAAAUUUGAGGCUUGAGCUGAGAGUGUAAUGAAAGGCAAGACAUUUUGAAUUUUAAAGCUGAAUCCGACUCAGCAUGUUACUUGAUGUCAAAAAAUUAUCCUGCAUUAUGAUCCCUGUUAACUUUGUUAGAUAACAUUUGUAUAGUUUUUUAAAAUUACUUUUUACUGCUUAGAAUAAUCUGUGGCCUGUUAGCCUAAUUGUAUUUGAAGUUCUAUUUUUUAGGAUUGUUUAACAAUGUAGUACUAAUACUGCAAUAAUACUUGCACCACCUACCUCAUAGGGGUGUCAGAAGGAAAGCACUUUGUAAUCUUAAGGCAGUAUGUAAAUGUGAGUUACUAUUACUAUCAUCUUUCUAGGCUUCAGUUAUUGUCUAGUACAGUAUUUGGAGCUACUUCCCUUUAAGAUGUUAUUGUAAUAAUAGAUGAGUAUUCUACAAUUCCUAAGCUUAAGUUGGAAGCUACUUAGGAAUACUUUGACAUUAACUCAGAAUUAAACCUUUGAGUAGCUUACUGGUACAAAACUUGUUUCCCAGGAAUCUGAGCAGCCAGAGCAAAAUUUCAGCCAGAUUUUUUGGUGUGCAGUACAUACUGAUAACUUAGUGCUGCCCCUGAAAUACUACUACAGGAUCCUAAAAAGUGUUCAGAGUGGAAACCACAAAAUGUUCAGCGUAGUGUUAGUGCUGUUUGUCUUCAAAUUCUUUAAAAAUUGGCAUUUCAUAUAUGACAGAUAUAGUAACACAGUCGAGAUAUUCGAUUCCCCUGCCAUUAUGGAAAAAUAGUACUUCACCAGGCAUUAAAAACCUGUUCCAAGAUAUACUCCUUUUUGCCGUCACCUCUCCUAAAAUGGUCUUCAAAUACCAUUUGUCUGCAAGAUACAGAAUCCUUACAUGUUAGCUCUAACUAACCUUAGAGCAGUGAGGUCAAACUUAAUAGAAAUAGGGGCAACCGAACCAUACACAAAAAUCCCUGUAUGCUAUAUAUUAACUUAGGAAAACCACACGUGUUUCUUUUUUUUAUUAAUACAGUGCCACAUUACAACCAGAUAAGAACUACAUUUUAAAAUGGUUCAGGCUGCACUUGAGAUUGUGUGGACCACAUGUUUGCCACCUCUGCCUUAGAGGAUAUAUAGGCCAUAUUACAAGUGAGUAAAACUGAGAGAUGACCCAUCCAAUGUCAACCCAGUUUCCUAAUCCAUGCCAUAUCAUGGACUGCAGAGUAUCAGCUCCCUUCGUUUCUAAGUUUUUGCUUGCUUUUUUUAAAAAAUAUUACACAACUUGCAUACAUUCUCAGAUACUCAGCACAUAUUAAGUGUAUACUUCAUUAACCAGAUACAGCAAAGUUACAAAGGAAAAUAACUGAAUGGCGUGAAAACAUUUUAAAGGGCCAUCUAUUUACUGUAGUCUUUUUCAGUUCAUUUGGUUGUUUUUGUUCCAUUUAAUUCUAGUCAAGGAUAGCCAAGCAAGCAGAGGAAUAGGCAGUAUGUGCUAAAUAGAAACUUGAUACUGAAAUUUCCAUAAAGAUGAAGGUCUGUGGCAGAUUGUUUGAUCUAGAAUUAAGAUCCAGUCCACUAAUCACAUGCUACCUAUUAUUCUCUAAGAUGUCUCUUUCAGACCAAAUUGAGGCAGGCAUGGGUCUUUCAGCACCCCUUUCCGGGCAGCUUCUUUUUUAGCUGGGAAAAAAUAUGGUCAUGAUCACUUGCAAAACUAGCACCAUUUAAGGAUUGAAUCCUUUGAACUACUAGCGUACAAAGUAAUUUUUCACUUUUCAAUGAGUGAUAACUUGGGCAUUUUUGCAUGGAGAAAAGUCUUUGACAUGAAAUCAGUAGUGUGGUAACAAAUUCACUAACACAAGGAGAAUGUCUUUAAAAGGAUGCUUACUUGAGAUUUAGGAAGCCUACGUUCUAAUCCUAGCUCAUACUUAUUAGCUGUGUAAUGUUGGGCAAGUCUGGAUAUUCAGUUUCCUUAUCUGUAAAAUGAAAGGGCUGAAUGAGUUGAUUAACUCUAAAAUUAGAAUAACUACAAACCCUUAAUUUGAUAACAAACAACCUUUAAGGUAUAUGUCUUUUAAUAACUAUUGGAAAGAACAGCGCUUAUUUGGACACAUUUAGUUCUGGACUGUUUCCUUUAAAAAAGCAGUCAUAAUUCAGUGCAACGUUCAUUGAGCAGCUACAGUGUGUAAAGUACUUUGCUGGUAAUGUUUUACUUUUGUGUGGCACUUUUCAAAUGCUUUCUUAUAAAUUACUUGUGCUAUUCUAGUCUAAAGUGGAGGUACACUUGUAUAUGCAGACUCCACAAAGCACUUACUGUGGCUCUCUGGUUUGCUAUUAUCCAUGAUGGAAAACUUCAAGCAGGUGGUCUCCAUACAUAAGAGAACAGGCUUUAUUCCACUUGAAUUGCUCUCAUGUGCACUUUAUUAUUAGAAUUGUAUGUAAUACAAGGCUUUGCAUUUCAUGUCUCAUUCUAUUUAUAAUUAAGUGACCUUGUUAUGACUAAAAGAACCUGGGCCUGCUUUUUAUCUUGUUCUGCAACCCUGUGGUGCUCUUAUUGCCUCCAUUAAGUAGAGAAGAGCAGGCUAUCACACCAUUAGCGUUCUGCCAAAUGAAGCCAACUACAAAUGAAAUGGGGGUUAGAGGAGGCACAGCUUAAGGAUAUUAAAUGAGUUGGAGUAUUUUACUGAAGACCACUUAAAUGAUUCAGCUUCCCGGCAUAUAUCCUAUUUGUACCCAAACUCCAUGCUCAUAAUUCUUCUUUGUUUAGGACUGAUCAUCAAGGUCUUGUGUUCUACUUGCAAUUAAAAUAAACUAAAUCUAAUUUCAAAAAACAUAGCAAAGUUAUUUCCAUAGCCUAAAGAAAUAGCACUUCUUAAAGCUGGCUCAAUGAACAAUCCUGGAUGGUUCAGAUGCUUUUUUUGUUCUUUGCAUAUGAGGCACAGUCUGUGAUUGUUUCCAUCCUAUUUAUCUCCUUCAUUUCACGUUAAACUUCUUGAACAUUUAUUUAUACCUGCUGCUCCACCAUCUGUCUACUUCUUAGAAACCUUGUAAGCUAGCAGUCUCUCACCAGUCUACUGAAGCUGCUCCAAGAGGUCUCUACCCCUUCCUAAAUCCAGUUAUCUUUUCUCAGUCCUUAUCCACCUUUACAUCUUUGAUGUAUUUGACCUCUCUCCUUCCCUCGAAACUUCUCUUUGACGCUGUUCUACUUUUACCACUCAUUUCUUUUGCUGACUAUUCCCUUUUUCCCUAAGUCUUCAGAAGUUUAACUAUUCUUGUUGUUUAGUCAUAUCUGACUCUUCGUGACCCUGCGGGACCAUACUAUCCAAAGGCUUUUCUUGGCAAAGAUGCUAGAGUGGUUGGCCAUUUCCUUUUCCACCUCAUUUGACAGAUGAGGAAAUUGACACAGACAGGGUUAAGUGACUUGCCUGGGGUCACACAGCUAGUGUCUGAGACUAGAUUUGAACUCAGGUCUUCCUGACUCCAGGACCAGCACUCUGCUGCAGCUAGACAAUGUAAACCAUUGCUAGCCAUUUUCUUAAACACCACUUUGAAUAUGCUAUUCCUCUAUUCAAGAAUCUUGGCUUCUUGUCUAUCACAUCUAAACUCGUCUUGAUUUUUCAACACCCUUACUAUGUUUUCUAUUCUUGUCCAACCUUAUCUCUCCAAGAUUUGUCCUCUAAAACUAACUAGCUCAAGGCCUACUUUCUUCCAGUUUAUUUAAGGCACACUUUCUCCCAUUUACGUUUGUACGUUUUUGAAAUUAUUUACAGGAUAUGAAGUGCCUUAUUUAGAGUAGCCCUGUAAGAUAAGUAAUACAAGCAUCAAUCCCACUUCCUUCCAUCUGUCCAAAUUGUAUAUCUAUAUUCAUCCUUUAAUAAAUCCUAAUACUACCUCUCUGGACCUUUCCCUGAUUAUUCUAGCCCACAGUGACCUACGUUUUUGAACUCCUAUCCUACUUUUAUUCUGUUUCUCAGAAUUUAACACUUGAUUGUAUACUGUCAAAAGUCAUCAGAUAUAUAAUGUGUUAAGGCUCACAAAACACUUUCUUUGCAAUUAUGUAGGUAUUGCAAAUAUUACUAACAUCAUUUUGCAGAUGAGGAAACUGAAGCUCAGAGAGGUCAAGUGAUUUUCCAAAAGUCACACAACUGGUAAUUAUGAGAACCUGCAUUUAAGACCAGGUCUCUUCUGAUUCCCAAGUCCAAUAUCCUUCCUGUUAUACCAUGAUUAUCCCUUUAUGUCUUGUCCAUAACUGUAUUCUGGUGCCAAUAAGUAGAAGAGUCAGAUUUUAUCUCAUUAUAGAGAAGAACUUACCCAGAAAGGGCUCCCUCAUUAACUUGGAGAUAUUUUAGGCAGAAACUGGAUAACCAUUUUCUCAGGGAUGUUGUAAAGGGUAUUUGAACUAAAUAGUCUAUAAGGUCCCUUUCAGUUAAAGGCUUCUGUAAUCCUGGAGGUCAGGGGCUGUGUCUUAUAUUACCACCACCACCCCAACUCCUGAACUAUUGUUCAGUAAAUUCAUAUCGACAGCAUGAUAUCAGAAGCCCUUCAGAUCCUUUCCCACCCCCUUCUCACCUCAAGCAUCUAGCUAAACAAAAGCCGUUCUGAAUUCAAAAGUACUCACCCAAACAAUAUAUAAAAUUACCCAGGAAACUAGACCAAGGUAAAAACUGCGUGUGACAUGGGCAACACCUCAGUUCUGGUCUUCAAAAACAGACUAGUUGACCACUAGCCAUGCAUAUUGUUGUGAGGUUUCAUGGUGAAGUAUGAGUUGUACUAAAUGGCCUCUGAGGUUCCUUCCAACUCUGAUUCUGGGGAUUGAAAACAUUUCACUUUCUAAUUCACUCAGGCUAGAUACCUGCUUUUGUGGCUUUUUUCUUUUAAAUCUGGAUCCUAUGAUCUAGGAUUGUUAAUUUCAAGAAAUGUAUGCUAAGAUUCCAUUACGACAAAAUAAUUUGGCCCUCUUUUAGAAUGUAUUUGUCUUGCUAAACUUUACCUGUAGCAGUCUGUGAAUGUGGAAGCCUUUUGUUGUUGGUUUCACUGGAGAAAAAAAAUAUUAGGUUAAUGAGUGUUAAUAAAAUUCUUGUGCUCAAAAAAAGCACCAGAGGCCAAGGUCUAUGAAGGAGUAGAAAAAGCUUGCUUUUUCUUGGUGAAGCAUCAGUUUCCCCUGUCGCUUUUUAUUCAAAGUAUGUAUUACUAUCAGCCAACUGCUAUCCUCUCACUUGUAUUUUUAAAAACAAAUAGGUACAACUUACAGCUGUGCCCGAAAAUGUUCACAUGUAGUGUGAAACUUGCCCUUAAAUGACAAUGCCACACUAAUGAUGGGUUUUGGAGCUGAGGAGGAGAGAGACAAAUCAUGAUUCAAAUGCACUCAUGCAACAGAUUCAGUCUUUAUUUAAUUUUCCCCUUCACUUUAUGAGGAAACUCUUAAUUUUUUGGAAGCAAAUGUAAAUCUGGACAUUUUAAAUUAUAAGGUAGUGUUAUAAAGAAAAGGAAAAAUAAAAGUACUUUUUAAAAACCAA